AUGAUGUACAAUUUGAUGUUGUCAUUGCAUUUGGUGACAUUCUUAUGUAUUGUUACCUUUGCCAUGCUGCAAGCGAGGCACACCAACAUGGAGCAGGGAUGGAGCACAGUUGCUGGAGUUCGGAGUACCGGACUUACUGCCUCCCUGGGCCUGGCAGCGCGAUUAGCCACGAGGCUUCGACCCUCGAACUCCGAGGCUUCUGCUGUUUCCCCGGUGCUGCCACCUCUUGCCACCUUGUCUGCAGAUUACACCUCGCGGAACGACGGUCGGGUCGAGGUCGCCGGAAGGGCCUGGCAGUUGUCCCACCCGCAGACUAAACUCGGUCUGGCAGUCACCGGAGGCCUUGCCUCGAUCCCUCCAGAUCCCUUCCGGCAUGGCUUGGGCUCGUCGGCGUGGUUUCAAAGUGUGCGCCGAAUGUGCCUGCUACGCAGCGUACGCUGA